AUGGAACCGGCCUCGGGCAGCGAGCGCCGCAGCCCCUCGGGCCCGGCAGUCCCGCCGCCGCCGCGGGGCCCAACGCCUUUGGUUGCCGCCCCCAGCCCGGGCCAGCUGAGCAACCCUGCGCGCGAGCCGCAGCACCCCGAGGAGGAGCGGCAGCCGCGGAUCAGCGAAAGCGGCCAGUUCAGCGACGGACUGGAGGAUCGAGGCUUACUAGAAAGCAGCACCCGGCUGAAACCUCAUGAAGCUCAGAACUACAGAAAGAAGGCAUUGUGGGUAUCCUGGUUCUCCAUUAUUGUCACACUGGCCCUUGCAGUAGCUGCCUUCACUGUCUCCGUUAUGAGGUACAGCGCCUCUGCUUUUGGGUUUGCAUUUGACGCCAUCCUGGAUGUCCUGUCAUCAGCGAUUGUCCUGUGGCGUUACAGCAACGCGGCUGCGGUACACUCGGCUCAUAGAGAGUACAUAGCCUGUGUCAUCUUGGGGGUGAUAUUCCUUCUGUCAUCCAUAUGUAUAGUGGUCAAAGCCAUCCAUGACCUCUCAACUAGGCUGCUCCCAGAAGUGGAUGAUUUCCUGUUCAGUGUCUCCAUUUUAAGUGGGAUCCUUUGCAGCAUACUGGCUGUGUUGAAGUUCAUGCUGGGAAAAGUUCUGACCAGCAGAGCACUCAUAACAGAUGGGUUUAACUCCCUCGUGGGUGGUGUGAUGGGCUUCUCCAUUCUUCUGAGUGCGGAGGUGUUCAAGCACAAUGCGUCGGUCUGGUACCUGGAUGGCAGCAUAGGCGUGCUGAUCGGCCUCACCAUAUUUGCCUACGGGGUCAAGCUUCUCAUCGACAUGGUGCCAAGGGUGAGGCAGACGCGUCACUAUGAGAUGUUUGAGUGAAGGUGGCCCUGGGGACCAGGGAGGACUGCUCCGCAUGAAGACCGUCAGGACGACGAAAAGUUUCCACGUAGGCAGACGGUGCCAAUAUUUAACUGAACAUCAGUUUCUUUUUUUGGAAAGUCUUCUUUCAUACAGUUUGUCAUCACAGGACAAGGUCUGCCUGCCCAGUGGGUGCAUCUGUCCUGUACCCUCACUCUGCUGCCCCCCAUCACACACUUAGGACAAUGCCUGCAGGAGGGGACCCACUUCCCCAUCUCAAGCCGGAACUGACAUUUUCUGUUUUCUGGAGUAAAACAGUUCUUGGGGUAGGAUAAGAUCUCUGCUUGGCAGAAAGCCCAACUGUGGUGCUCUAAGCCUGAAACAGAUAGCGAGCAGGUCCCUCUCCUCUGGACUGUGUGUGGCCCCAGCCACCUCCUAGUUCUAAGGAUUCUUCUCUCCUGGCAGAUUUUAAGGGAAGACUGGGCCCUUUAGUCCCUCAUCCUCUUACAUAACCAGAACCAUCAGUGUAUCACUAAUUUCUAUCAGUGUGUUUCAUUAGUUUCAUACUGUUUUACUAAUCCUAAAUCUAAACAGAUUUGUUCUAAAGAAGACCAUUCUAUUUUUUAAAGUACUUAGUGACAUAUGUAUGAGCUUUGCAUGGACAAGCUAAAUAAGCACAUGACCCUUUCUCAUACACUCAGAACCUGCACAUCCAUGUAAAAACAGGAUCCAUUUUUGAGAGAUGUGAAACUAGUUUAUUUGUAAUAAAUAAUUAUAUAAUCUAUCCAUAUAUGCAUAUAUCUAUAUGCUGUGUCAAAUGGUAAUGAUACAUUACAGUCUGUGAGAGAUGGUUUACUCCUCUGUAAGGAACAAGAUGUUCUCCGUUUAUGUAACAUUAGGUAUAGAUUCUGUAGACUCCAUUCCCCUUACCCUGCAGCGUUCUGUACCUCUCACAGUACUGUCUGCCCAAUAAAGACCUUUACCUGUUUUGUACGGCA